AUGCUGAAGAUAUGGUCUAUGGAUGCAGAGAACGCAGAAGGCCAAGCAGCUGGUGGGAAGAAGAAGAAGGUGACGGCUGCGCAACCUCUCUGA